AUGACGACUUCAAGAAAGAACUUCUAUUUUGGAGUUCUCCGAGUUUCCAUGAUACAACUCCUGAAAUCUCAGGGAUUUGACAAGGCAAAGCCAUCCACCGUCGAUAUGCUGACGGAUCUAUACGUACGGUUUCUUCAACUUCUUGCUCUAGAGGUUGCGAAGUUAUCCGAGAGUAGAUCUGAUGGAGACGGCAUCGCCCUACAGGAUAUAUCACAAGCUAUGCAGAAUCUUGGGAUGUUGAAACCAAUGGAUUUGUUAGAUGUAUAUGAUGAAAACCCUGACCUACCCAGUGAUGCAGGCAUGCAGAAGUUCAAAACUUGGUGCUUGAGCAACGUCGCACCUAAAGAAGCUAGAAUAGUAGCACACCCAACUUCAGAGUUGCUACGACCCAAAGAUAAGAAUUCGAAGCCCCUAUCUAUGAUUCCGGAAUAUAUCAACCAAUUAAAUCCUAUGACAACAAAGAAAAACGGUGAUAAAUCUAGCGAGACUGAACUGAUAGAGCAAAUGAUAAGUAAUGGGGACUUUGAUGAUUGGUUGGUGUUUACUAUAACUAGACAGAGGCUUAAUACUGCUAGGAAAAUAAGCGGUCGAGAACCAAAAGAUAUACACAAUCUUCCUGCCCUUCCAGGCUUGCGAUAUACAGCAAUUUAUAAGCAAAAGGCGGUGGGUAACAACGAAUUUGAGCCUUCCAAGAUUGAAAGCACAGAUAGUGAUGAUAUAAGCACCACUGAGCAAAUCUUAAUUUCUAAAAUGCCUGUCUCGCAGAAAGAAAACCGUUUAGAAAACAUAAGCCUUUCCUUUGAAGAAGAGCUAUCAGAUGUCGAUAUUGAAAAUGUUGACAUCGACAUGGACGAUGCAGAUUUGUUGAAUACGGAAUUAAAUGAUGAUGAGGAAGCAUUUGGUUCAAUUAGCAAUACCUUGACACUCAAUCCCUCAAGUAAUGGUGAAUUCGUUGACGGAGAUAAUUCGAAUGCCUUUCAGAGAAGGGAUUCUUUGAAUUUUGACGAUGUGGACCGUUACCGCGAUCAUAGCUUCAAUUUUGAUGAAUUUUAA